GAAGAAGACCCUUUUAGAGAAUUUUCAUUUUGUUCUAUGGACAAUAGUAAAGGAAAUCAAGAGCUUACUAAUUACUCUCAAACUGCCACAGUUACCUUAACACAUAUAAAUGACAGCAAACCCACCACGCUUACUCAGCCGAACCCUCCAACACCUGUGGAGAAUACUAUGCCCUCUAAUUUUACACUUGGUAUUCUUACCAAUACCAAUAAUGAAACAUCAAGUGAUAAUAAUCCAAGAAAACGCCAUAACAGCCCAUCAACAAUAAGACCUACCCUAAAUUAUGACGAUGGUACACGUGCAAUAAAGAGGAGACAGACAGAUCAAAAUCUCAACAGUCUCUAUAUUAAUAGCUCCAAUAAGCAGCAGCAGCUACCAUGUAUACUUAAACAUUCAUCCGAUUCGAUAUCAACUUACUCAAUCUCAUCUAAAUCCAACUCACUUGCAGUAGUCGACGUAGUGGGAAUGACAGCUACUGCUUCAAAUUCGACGUUAAUGGCCACCGGUGGGAGGUUCAGCAUGACCAUCAUGGAAGAUAACGCGGAUGAAGACAAUGAUGACAUAGAUAGCAACUCCAACAUACCACAACAGCAUAUCUCAAGCGCCAAUCAGCAAUAUAUUGACAAUGCAACAACGCCUAAUGCUAUUGUUCCUACUUCACCUUAUUAUUCUUACUUUUAAAGUUUUUAUAUGUGUAUUCACAGUAAUAUCAGCUCAUCAGUAGUACCAUUCGCUUUCAAAAAUUAUAGAGUUGAACAUUUUCUAUGAAACAGUACAUUCUUUACACCAAGCUAGUGACA